AUGGCCAAGAGGAAGCGCCAAGCAGUGGACGAGAGCGAGCCCGCCCAAAAGCCACAGGAACUCAAGAAAUUGAAGUCCAGCAAUGGCUCUUUACAGCCCAAGACAGAGCAGCCAAAGAGAACCAGGACACCCAAGCUCGCCAGAGCCAGUCCCAAUACCACCACCGCCGACAAGACAACACCAAAACGCACUGGGUUGCCCAUAACGAUACAAAUAAUAGCGGGCUCCUAUGACCGCGUCCUCCACGGCGUCACAGCCACAAUCCAGCCCUCCUCCCAAGUAAACUUCGCCGACUCCUUCCUCUUCAACGCCCACACCUCGGCCAUCCGAUGCCUCGCCCUCUCCCCACCGAGCGCCCCCCUGCCGGGCCAGUCGCAGAAGGUCAUGCUCGCAACCGGCAGCACUGACGAGCGCAUCAACGUCUACAACCUGUCCGCCCACCCCCCGUCCACCAAGGCCUCCCCGGACCAGGAGCUCCUCUCCGCCAUCGCCCGCCGGCCCAUCCUCGAGAACAGCAAGAACAGGGAGCUGGGCACGCUCAUGCACCACUCCAGCACCGUCACCAGGCUCUCGUUCCCCACCCGCUCCAAGCUGCUGUCCAGCUCCGAGGAUUCCACUAUCGCCGUCACCAGGGUGCGCGACUGGAGCCUGCUGUCCACCAUCAAGGCCCCCGUCCCCGCCGUCUCCGGCCGCCCCAGCGGCGACACCGCCCCCAUGGGCGGCACCCCGAGCGGCGUCAACGGCUUCGCCGUCCACCCGAGCAUGAAGGUCAUGAUCAGCGUCAGCAAGGGCGAGCGCUGCAUGCGCCUGUGGAACCUCGUCACCGGCAAGAAGGCCGGCGUCCUCGACUUCGGCCGCGCCGUGCUGCAGGAGAUCGGCGAGGGGCGCCACUCGACCGGCGAGGGGAGGAAGGUGGUCUGGGGUGCCAGCGCCGAGUCCGGGGACGAGUUCGCCGUCGGCUUCGACCGCGACGUGCUCGUCUUCGGCAUGGACAGCAAGGUCCGGUGCAGGGUCAUGUCCGACGCGAGGACCAAGAUCCACGAGUUCGGCUACGUCAGGCUCGACGACGACUCCGAGGACACGAUCUUUGCGCUGUCGACCGAGGACGGCAGGGUGCUGUUCUUCUCGACCAAGAUCGAGGACCUGGAGCAGCCGGAGGCCCCCGAGGGCAAGGCAGCGCCCCUGCCGCGGGCGAAGCUGCUCGCGCAGGUCGGGGGAAAGGCCGUGGGCGUCACCGGCAGGGUCAAGGACUUCAAGGUCGUACGAUCAGAGGACGUGCCGGGCGUGUGGCUCAUCGUGUCUGCGAGCAGCGAUGGAAAGCUGAGGGUGUGGGAGCUGUCGCGGGAGGAGCUGAAGCCCAAGGCCGGCAAGGAGGCGCCGCAGGCUGGGAAGCUGCUGGGCACCCACGACACCCAGAACAGGAUCACUUGCGUGGAGGCAUUUGUCAUGAUACCCCGGCCGGAAGGCGUUGAGGAGAGCGAGGAUGAGCUUCAGGAGGAGGAGGAAGAAGAAGAUGGAGAUAGUGAUGAUGAGUGA